AUGACUGAAUCUUUCCCUACAGCCUUUGCGGGGCCAACGUCAAAGGAGCGUAAAUACGACCGCCAGCUUCGAUUAUGGGCUGCCAGUGGCCAACAAGCGCUUGAACGCUCCAAAAUUCUUUUGAUCAACUCAGAUGGCCCUCUAGAUAACAGGAACCCGGCUGUUUCUGGUGUUGUUGGCGUCGAGACACUGAAGAACCUCGUGCUGCCUGGCAUUGGCGGCUUCACGAUCGUUGACCCGGCCAUAAUUACCGAGUCGGACCUAGGGGUAAACUUUUUCCUAGAUGAGUCGGGUCUGGGGAAACCAAGAGCACAGGAAACAUGCAAACAUCUCCAGGAGCUGAACCCCGAUGUCAAGGGAGAUUUUUUGAAUGAGCCCAUUGAGGAACUUCUAAACGGGGAAAACUUUCUCCAGCCGUAUGCAAUCAUAAUAAUUACAGGGCCAAUGAGACAUUCUUUGCUUAAGAUCAUUUCAUCUGCCGCUAAACAAUUCUCGAUUCCUCUAAUAUAUACCCACUCGGUCGGAUUCUACUCUGCAUUUUCGCUCCAACUUCCCUCGGUAUAUCCUAUCGUCGAAACACACCCAGAUCCAAACUCCGUCGAGGAUCUGCGCUUGGCCAACCCUUUUCCUGAAUUAGUAGCAGCCACGGCAAAGAUAGCAGAUUUAGAUAGCCUCGAUGACCACGAACAUGGCCAUGUGCCAUAUCUAUUGCUACUGCUUCACUUCCUCGAGAAGUGGAAGGCGACACACGACGGAAACCCACCGCUAAGUUUUAAAGAAAAAUCAGCGUUCCGAGAGAUGAUUCGAAAUGGGGCGCGGACGAAUAAUGCUACAGGGGGGGAGGAAAACUUUGACGAAGCAGUAGCUGCUGUAUUAAAAAGUGUAAAUCCGUGGUCGCUGAAAAGCAACGUCAGGGAACUAUUUGAGAUGGAGGAGUGUAACAACCUCGACUCGACCUCUGAAAAUUUCUGGGUAAUUGCGUCCGCCAUUAAAUCCUUCUAUACUACCCAUGGUGUCCUCCCGCUCCCCGGCUCACUCCCGGAUAUGAAAGCCCAAUCUGCAGAUUACAUAUUUCUGCAGAACAUCUACAAGUCAAAAGCACGGAAAGAUCUUGCGGAAGUUGUCGUUGGCGUUCGAGCUCUUGAGACCCAGCUUCGGGUACAAUCACUACAACCUCCGAUUUCAGAGAAGGAAAUCGAGACUUUUUGCAAGCAUGCCUCUAGCGUAAAGGUCAUCCGCGGCAGCGAUAUCCCCAUCCUGGACUUGCAUACGGACCCCGCUACCCUCAAAACCAUCCGCAAUAGCCUCGAAAUCCCGGACUCCCUUAUUCAUAUUUUCCUCACCUUUCAAAUUGUCGAUACUCUCGUCACCGAUUACCGAGAAUCAGCCGCAGAAACACAAGUUGAACCAUCACACUCUUCGUUUCCGUCUUUCCUCGACCAACCUGAUUACUGGUCUGCCGCGCAAGACAAACUUCUAGCCCUUGUGCAGACUGAUGGCCGUUCUCUCGAUGACGAUGCCAAGUUGCACCUCGCAAAUGCUGUGCAGGAGACGCAGCGUGCGGGCGUUGGUGAGCUGCAUACCAUCUCCUCCCUGACUGGUGGUAUGGUGGCACAGGAGGCGCUGAAAGUGUUGACGAGACAGUAUGUGCCUCUGGAUAAUACGUGUAUCUUUGAUGGGAUUAGAAGUCGGGCGGAGAUGUUUAGGUUGUAA